AUGUCCAAAAAUAUUGUUUACGAAGGAUGGCUUACUAAAUCGCCACCAUCAAAGCGCAUAUGGAGAACUAAAUGGCGCAGACGGUGGUUUGCCUUGCGACAAUCAGGCGAGCUACCAGGACAAUACUUUCUCGACUACUAUUCCGAUCGACACUGUAGGAGGUUGAAGGGGUCUAUCGAUUUGGAUUGCUGUGAUCAGGUUGAUGCUGGAUUGCAUAUGGAAAGAGAUAAUAACGGAUCCUUAAAUCGAAAACUCCGUGGUUGUGUGUUCACGAUUCAAACUAACAUCCGAACUUAUCAUUUGGAGGCUGAUUCCGAGGAAGAAAUGGAAAAGUGGGUUGAUGCUAUAUGCAGAGUGUGUGGUCUUCGAGCAACAGAUGAAUCAACAAAUGCUGUCGGUCUAUAUCAGAACAUAACGCUAAAUGAGAGAGAAAAUAUUGGAACAAAGGUAAUAAAUGAUUCCAAUGUCACAGGGGGUGCGAGAAAAAGGACUCACACUACCACAUUUAGGAACAGUAAGCCUUCGUCAACACGAGGCAAAUCCAAAGUGAAGACGAACAUGAAGCAAACACCCAUAGAAAGACAUGAUCAGGGUACAAUGACUGUUAUGGAUGAAUAUCACUCUGAAGGCACUGGCCCUUAUAUACCUAUAUCUGAAUGCAUUACAGGGGUUCGGACACAGGACACCCAAACAGCGUUUACCUUUGACCCUAAGAAUAUAGUUAUCAGCUCGAAUAAGAAAGUAGGUAGUACAAGAAGCUAUACCUAUUUGACGCAACCACAGAUAAGAGUAAAUAAUGUUGAACUAUCAGAAAAUGAAUCAAAUCUCAGUGAAGACGAAUGCCGGUCCCUUAGCACUAGUCAAUUCAAUAUGGGGGAUUGGACUGUUGCGAAGUCUUUUAAAAGGCUCUCCGUGCAUCCUCAAAGCCAGGAAGGCUUCAACGCUGAUGGCCCGCCCGUGCCACCUCGGCCGCCGAAGACCUUCGCCAUGAGCAAGGAUCUCACGAGAGCGAAGGAUUCAUACCAGGGACCAAAGUUUCAGGAAACGGUUGAUGUUCAUGAGUGUUCUUCCCCAUUCCCCUGGGUCCGCUUGCCGCGUCGUAUGUCUCAAGGUGCGCCAACAUCACCAGGAAGAUCAGUGAUCAGCCACGCCAGAACUGAUGAUGAAGAUGACGUAUCAAUGGGCCAUUCGCUGCAGUAUUGCAAUUUAUCUUCACUGCCGCCGGCCGUCGAUAGGGCUUUGAAGCCGCGACAUUCGACUCACAGUAUGGGCAACAUAACCGCUGGACAAAAAUCAGCGUAUAGGGCUAGCGAUGAGAUCAAGUCGGAAACUUUGCAGUACUUGGAUCUCGAUUUACCAGCACCCAGUUCACCGUCUUCUUUUAAGGUGAAAUCAGCGAGGAAGACGUCCAUAGUUCACGGUAAGUCACUGUCAUCAGAUGAGUGCGCUUAUAAAACGGUAGAUUUCCUCAAGACCGAGGCUUUCAAUAUAACGCGUCAAGACGCAGAAGCUUCUAGAAGCGUCCAGCAAUGA